GUCUUAACAUCAGUGGUUACCUUCAUGUUUGGACCCAUCAGUCUGGCUUUCUGUGGUCAUCUUGGAAAAACGAAUUUGGCUGCCGUUGGCCUAGCCAUCUCGGUGUUUAAUGUCACUGGAUUGGCAAUAAUAACAGGACUCUUGACAGCUUGCGACACCCUUUUCUCCCAGACUUUUGGUGGAGAGGACAAGUUCAAAAUGGGAGUUCAGUUACAGAGGGGUAUGUUAUUUUAA